AUGGAAACAACAAUGCUGUUGCCGAUCGCACCUGCAGUAGUCACGAAGGUCCACGAUGACAAAGAUUUUGCAGAUGCGAAUUAUUACCACCAAUUCUUUUGUAAACAGCUGCGGGAUCAAGAGCAGGAGCUGCAGGAAUUGCUGGAGACUUUAGAGAGGAGGAGGAAGCAGCAACAACAGCAGCAGCAGCAGCAGCAGCAACUUUACCAGCAGUUGCAACUAUUGUUGACACCAAAUGAUUACAAUCGGAAUGACUAUCGCAACAAUGUUUUACAUCAGGAACGAUCACAACAAACAAGGAGUACUACAAACACAAUUGAAGAAAGACGUACAAGAAACCAAUUGCAGUCGCAGGUACAGCCGAAGCCGGAGCCGAAGUUCGAACCGGAACCAGAACCGGAGCCCCAGUUGAAUCCACAACCAAAAGAAGCACCAACGCCGAACCAGGUGUUGGAUUUGGAAGAAUAUGAUUCAAAACCGGUAUCUUUGUUUGAUUUACUGAAGAAUAUAAAGCUGGAUGAUAUAAAGCUGAUCCUACAAUUGGGGAAUUUAAUUGGAAAGUUCGAGCUGGAUGAGCCAAAGCUCUCACAGUUGUACCAGAAUCAGAAGCCGAUAGACUUCGAUUCGUUGCCGAUUUCGAAAUCGGCAUACUCGCUGUACGAAGAAAACUGUUCACAAAAAAAUGAACUGUUCAAUUUGGAAGACUCUAAUUCAGAAAGUAAAACUCUUCCUCUUCCCCAAAAAACCAUAGACUUUGAAGAUCAACAGUUUAAAUCUUAUUCCGCGGCACGUAAAAUCAAACUCUUAAAGCGCCAAGUCUUUAUGAAUAGAAGAUCUCCCUACGUAAUACUGAGACCCAUAAAACGCUCCCGUGAUUUCAUUGAAGUGUAUCACGCAUCACUCAGUACCAUUCGGACUAAAAUUAAAAAUUCUAAAAAUUUUCAAUGUAGUAGUCCAAUUCCCUCAAAAUUUUCAGAGGCGGAUAGUCCAAUGUCCUCAAAAUCUUCAGAGGCAAAUAGUCCAAUUCCCUUAAAUUCUGCUUCUUCAGAAGCAGAUAGUUCAGUUCCCUCAAAUUCUUCAGAGGCAGAUAAUCCAAUUCCCUCAAAAUCUUCAGAGACAGAUAAUUGCCUUUCCUAUAUGUCAGACGAAGAAGAUGACUAUUUAACGCGCUGCAAAAACAAAGCUUCGAAAGCAUUUAAAAUGACCGAGGAGGAGUACUUGAAGGAGUGGCACUCGUGGAAGCAAAGUGAUUCCUUCCAGAUUGAUUUCUCUGAAGACGAGGAGACUGAUUCAAGAAUUGCUAUAAAAGAAGAGCAGCAAGUGAGCUUUCAACAUCAGCUCAACAUGUCUCAGAUGAUGGCACAGUUUUCAGUUCGGAUGUCACCAUCACUACUGAAACCAUUAUCAUCAAGAGCUUCAUACACAUCAUCAGGAGCUUCAUAUACAUCAUCAGGAGCUUCAUAUACAUCAUCAGAAGUUUCAUCAUCAUUAUCAGAAGCUUCAACAUCAUCAUUAGAAACUUUACCAUCACCGAUGGCAAUCAAAAAUCCGUUGAACGAGGACAAUCAACGAAUCACUCGAAAGAAGCACGAAGAAAUACAACAGCAGAUGGCAUACAAUAUCAAAAAGAGCACCCUCAUCGACCAUUGCUAUCACCAAACGAACGUGUCUGAAACCCUUCAAGUAUUCAAAGAGGAGUUAGAGACAGAAGAAUCCGAAGAUGAAGAAGCAAUCAUUGAUGUCGUGUCAGUCAAAACUGGCAAAAAGCAAUUAUCGUUCGCAAAGCAGGUGGCACACUUUGAUCUGGAGUCCCAACGCAAAGAAAAAUACGAAGACUCGGAUGAAGACGAGCCUCCUGUCUCUCGCCGACCUCGUGGUAGACCGCCGGGUUCCUCAAAACGAAGAGCCAAUCGAUCUGGUCCCGCUCCGAAACGUGCCCGCAUUCAGAACAACGUACAUUCAGCUCAUCAACAGCCUGAACAGUCAUUCAGUACAUCAUUUCAGUAUCAAAAUUCGAUGCGACAGUGCGCGUUACAGCGAGAUUCAUUUGAGGAUACAGAGAGAAGGCGGUUACAUAAUAAUAUGGAGCGACAACGUCGAAUAAACAUGAAAGAAUCCUACGAACAAUUAAGAAUGCAGGUGCCAGCGGUUGCGGGCAAUGACAGAGCGUCGAAAGUGUCCAUCCUGAAGCAGGGGGCAACAUUUAUUAAGUCAUUAACCGAAAUUGGUAACAGUUUGAAAAUUAAUAUCACAAACUUAAGGCAGCAGAAUGAGAUGCUCAAAAGAAAACUACAACAACACAAACAAAUUUUCAACAACACUGUAGGCAAAUUUUCAUCUUUUUCUUAGAGAAAAUUAAAAUUAA